CGAGCGAUUACUGGAUGUGAGGCAAAGUAUUUGCAAGUCAAAUUCACGCCCGGAGGGAAGCGAAGGAAGAAGAUUAGAUCUAGAUCAUUCGUGCCUCACCCUCAGGUUUGCAUCUGCGUCCCACACAUUCUCCGAAGAUCUGUAGGAACAAUCGACACACAGCAAGAUUAGCUGAUCUUCGGAUUCUAAUUUUAUUCCUGCGGGCGUGCGAGUGCGUCUUGACCUUGAGUGUACUUCAAUAUACAACUUCUAUUGCACUUUUCCGUGAUAUUUUCUUCGUCCGCAGGCCAGGAGCAGGACCAAGAUGGACGGACUCGCAGACAUGUUGCGUUCGCAAGGUUUUGACCCAGGCUCUCUCCCUGAAGACGAUUAUGAUGAGUUUGGAAACGACAGCUUUCGCGGCGACAAAACAGAUGCUGCUACGUCACCGCCUGCCGCAAGCUCUUUUCUCCGGGGGUUGAAGAAGGAUGGUUUAGCUCAGAGGAUGUUUCAAGAAAAGAAGCUUCCCCGGGAAAGUUAUGUAGAGAUCCACGACCUGGUUGCCAAGGCUGAAUUGAAUGGACUCGUGGGGCAGAUUCGUGGGUUUGUCAAGGACAAAGAACGCUACGCGGUGGACGUGGACCCGAAUAGUGCUGCAAACGUCGCGGUGUUAGAAGAACACAAGGCGACUGCUGGUGCGACAUCAACGGCAACAGGCUCCUCCUCCAGCAGCAACGCAUCUUCUGCCACGACAGCAGAGAGCACAUCGGCGGCGGCGCCACCUCUCAGUUUCUCUUCCACGUCCCGGUUUUUGCUUCAGCGGAAGAACCUGGUGCCGAUCGAAAUGGAUCUGGAGCGUUGGACCAGAAAAAAGCUACGAAAACGUGACCACGUCGAUGAGAGUAAAAACAAGAACGCUGCAACCUCUGGUCCCGGAGCUCCUCCGGGGGUUCAUCAGGAAGAUGAUGACGAAAGCGAGACGAGCGAAUCAGAAGCGGACUCUGACGGAUCCCUCUGCGCAUCCAAAAUUCCUACGCAUGAGCGUCGGAAAGAACGCCGUCGCGCGCGGAACGUGAAGAAGUACCCCUUUAUGGCGAAUAUGCAGGUUCACGGAGUUCCCAAGGACCACGAGGAGAACCCCGCGUACAAGUAUCCAAAAACAGGUAGCCGGCCCGUCCUGGUCAUUGCCGGCGUCGGGCACGUUGACAAGGACGAUGGAAGCAACUUCACCCUGAAUUCCAUCCUGCAUAAAGAGAGCGCCAAAUGGAAGCAGUGGGGCUGCCGCUUUUUGUCGUUCAAGCAGGGGAACAGCCAUGCCGCAUCUGAAAAAAUCCAAGAGGCCAUUCAAUCUGGGCAGUACGGAAGCAUUUUGAUUGGGGAUUUGUCGGCCAGCGGAGACUAUGCGUCCCUGCAGAGGUUCGUGGACCAUCUCGGGCCCGCGCUCGGGAGCUUUGUGCGCGAGUUGGGGGGUAGUGUUGCUUUCACGACCAGCACUGGAGAUGUGAUCAUGAGCGAAGUGUUCCCGAAACUGUGGCCGGAGAUCGGAUGGAAGAUGAGUGCGUACUACCGGGCGACGCACUGCGCGGUGCAGCGAAACCGCAACAACGUGGCGCGGAUCUUCCCCGGCGCGGAGGACUGGAAAUUCUCGGUCAAGGGCAAUAUGCUCGAGGACGUGCCGGAGAAUGAGAUGUAUUUCGCAACGAGCCAAGAGAUGAAGAUGUUUCGGUACCUCAGUGACGACUACGACGCGGAGCGCGACCCGGACGAGCACCGGCGGAAUGCCAUUGUCGCCGUGAAGCAGUUUCCGCUCGUCUCCGAGAAGAACAGGACCGGGUGUGGAGGGAAAGUGGCCUACUUCGGUGACAUCAACGGCCAGGCGGAGACGGCUCACUUGGUCGUCAAGUUUCUCGAAACCCAUGCGAUCGCCACAGAGGAAAUGGGCUACAGGAUCUGAUGAACAUGGAGAUGGAUGUCGAGUUUCUUGCCGAGUGCUACCUACAUAUUUUGGAAUAAUUAUCAAGAACUACUACUACUCGUCAUUUUCGGCGACCUUGCCGAAUCCUAGAUUCGUCAGGAUAGGAUGAUCAACUCACUUUCGGGCGACUAGCAAUACAGCACGAGAAUAAAAAAAAACAAAAAAGGGGUUCAGAGCUGCAAGCUCGUGCUAGUACCACGCAGGAGAC